AUGGCACGAUUUGGCGGUAAAUUAGUUGGACAGAACCACAUCCUGAUUCCUGAUUCUCCUACACGAAGCAUCAUGAAGGUCAAGCUUGAGGGCGACGCAUCAGACGCAUCAUUGCAACUGAAAGAACCGAGCCGCGAUGCCGAGCCGCUGUCACCAACCGCUCGUUUCUUUCUUUCCGACGAGUUCUACACGACUAUCAUGUGCGCGUUGGAGUUUAAUGACCGCAUGGAGAUCGGCGAGCUCAGAACGAUUCUCUCGGAUACCCUUCUGAAGCAUCCUCGCUUUCACAGUCGCAUGGAGAGCCGUGGCGGCUGCAAGGGCGGCGAGCAGGUGUGGGUGCGGACGACCGUCGACAUGGCCUACCACGUCGUGGAAGGCACACAGCCUGACGAAUGUGACAAUAACGCGAACAGCGCGGAGCGCUCCGGCGCACAAACCGAGGAUGAACGCGGCAGUAGCGCGGGAACAGCAGAGGGCACGCAAAGACCGGCGGAAUCAGAAGAAGCUUCAAGAGAGGAAGAAUCUGCGGAGGGAGGUGCAAAGCCAGUGGAGGCAAAAGCAAGAAGCGCGAGUCGGGAAUCGGCGUGCUACGAGGCGGGGAGCAUGGAGUGGCACAUGCGGCGCCUGCAGCACCACCCGCCAUUUGACGCCUCCCGCCCUCUCUGGCGCGUGCAUCUCGUGCCUCUGCCCCAUGGCCGCUCCGCUGCUCUCUUCCGCAUCCACCACUCCAUGGGCGACGGCGUGUCGCUCAUGUCUCUCCUGCUGGCCUGCACUCGCCGCACCGACAACCCCGCGCUCCUGCCCACCCUCCCAAGCGCCAAACGCCAGACUCACCCCCAGCCCAGCAGUGGCGCUGCAUCGGCGGUGGUGGAGGAGAGUGAGGAGCUUCGAAAACAGCUGGGUGAGGCGGGUGGUCCUGAGGAGGAGGAGCAGUUAAAGCCCGGCGGGCAGGUGCACAUGCCGUCUGCUGCAUCAGCGUUUACGCUUGACUCCAUGACUGAAUCGCCGUUCAACCCAGACCCAGUUGGGCAGGCAGCAGCAGAAGCAUCAGCACCCGCUGAAGGGGUUACAGCAAAUGCGGCUGUGCUGGGAAACACGCUGUGGCACGUGUCAACGUUCAUGGCUGUGCUGCUGUGGCGCGCUGAUACUGCCACGUGCGUCAAGAUGAAGCCUGGGAAUAGUGGUGCGCAGAAGAAGGCGGGGAAAGGAAGAAUGGGGAGCGGUGCCGUGCUGCAGCAGCCGCACGAGGGGAGCGCGGAGGUGCAGACUGGGGGAGGAGAAGUUGGGGGAAAGGGCGGGAGCGGAGAUGGAGGGGGGAGGUUUGUGUUUGGAGUGAGUGGGCCGCUGAGCCUGACGGACAUUUCACGGGUCAGACGCGCCUUUGGUGCGACCAUCAACGAUGUGAUGGUAACCGUCAUCUCAGGGGGGCUUGAUCGCUACCUGCGCCACCACCAUGACCAGCAUGCACAGAGAGCAGGAGAGCCUGCCCCAGUUACCACCUCCCCGCUACCCGCCACUGUUCGCCUGAGUGCCGUCUGUGUUGUCAACAUCCGCCCAGCGCCUGGGCUUCAGGAGAUAUCCUCCAUGCUUGCUGGUCGAUCCAAGGCACGCUGGGGCAACUGCCUUGGAACCUUCCUGCUGCCCCUGCCCGUGCACUCGGCCGCACUCACCAAAGGCCUGCAGGCCAGAAACGGCAACAGCGGCGGCAAUGGCAGCAACGGCACACAAGGCGUGAAUGGAAACCCUAAGAGCGAGCAGGCAGCAGGGGAGGCGGAAGGAAUGGUGCAGAGCAAGGAAGGGGUUGCAGCAGGGGAGGUGGAGCAGCGGCGGCUGAGCAUGGUGACGAGCAUGUGUGCGUCCAAGCGGCAGUCUCUGGAGGCUCAUUACAACUAUGUCAAUGCGAGGCUGGUGCUCGCAACAGCCGGCAUGAAGUCAGCGUGCACACUGAUGGGACGCCUGCUGGACCAGACAACCCUCUCCUUCUCCAACAUGAUGGGGCCCGUGGAGGAAGUGAGCCUGGGAGGACAUGCCAUUGAGCGUAUCAGCCCCACCGUCCUGGGACAGCCACACGCGCUCACGCUGCAUUUCCAGACGUACAACGGGGCGGCACACAUAGUCCUCUCAGCCAUCAGGGAGAACGUGCCGGAUCCAGCCUUCCUCAUGCACUGCUGUGAAGACGCCUUUGCUGCUCUGCAGGCAUCAGUGCACUGA